AUGACAUGGGACCCCCAGCACGAGGUAUCCCUUGGGUAUGAGAGACUUGUUGAGGAGUCAUAUGUGGGCUGUGACCGAAAGGAGAAUUGCUACGUUGACUUAACGAGAGGGAGGGCUGAUGCUGAUGGUGUUGGUGAUGCGGGUGUGGCUGAGGCUGAUGCGAGCGUUGAUGCUGGUGCUGGUGCUGAAGAUGCUGAUGUUGGUGCGCCUGCUGUUCUUGCUGCAUGA